GUAUGAACCAAUGUUUGAUCUACGCUCACGCUUUGCUCUGAAUCUGAAAAUUAGUUUAGUUUUAAUUUCUCCCCGUAUUCGUAUUAAUAUCUACACUCAUUACCCCAUUUCUUUGUGACAUGCUACAAUUUAUAAUAAUAAUAAUAGCAUGGAAUCUGGCAAUCGCAACAAAUAUUUCACCUGCGAAAGAUGGAGUUAUGGAGUUGAAAAUGGUUCAUAUCGUUUGGAGGCAUGGAGAUAGAUCACCUACGACUACAUUUAACGUGGAUCCAUUCCAAGAGGAUAGUUGGACAUUUGGAGGUGGAGGAUGGGGACAGCUUUCACCGCUCGGAAUGAAUCAACAUUUAACUCUUGGAAAGAAGCUUCGCAAUCGUUAUGUCAACACAGGAAACUCCACCCACAACUUCUUACCAGCAGUCUAUGAUCAAAAAACAAUGUACAUACGAUCUACGGGAAUCAAUCGAACUUUGAUCUCAGCCACUUCAAAUAUGCUCGGAAUGUAUGGACAAGACGGCUACGGUAGCUCGGCUGGAACUGAUUUUCCAGAUGCUCAGGGAUGGCCACGUGGCUUCGUUCCUAUUCCAGUUCAUACCGUUGAUUAUGACAGUGAUCAUAUUGGAAAUAUGGACUGCAUCUGCCCACGUCGUGAAUGGCUCUGGAAUAUUGCUCAACAAUCGGACGAAAUGAAGAACUGGAGAAGCUCAGUACCAGUUUCAUCAGUAAUCGACAAACUAACGUCACUGGUUAAUCAAACAUGGAGUCUAGAAGAUUUCUGGACUGUCCCGGAUGCCUUAUUCAUUGAACAAAUAUAUUUUAAUGAAUCACUUCGAAAAGAGAAUACAUGGUUCAAUGAUGAUUUUUAUAGUCAAAUUGUGGCAGUAAAUGAUCAAAUUUAUAUGUAUCAAUACGGAGUAUUCAAUAGUACUAUUAAUAUGAACAACAUGAAUAUUGGCCUUGAGCUUCUGAAAGUACGAUCCGGACCUCUUAUGAAUGAUAUGAUGGAUAGAAUUAAUAAGAAAAGUGAUUGUACAUAUGGAAAAAAUACACAAGGGUGUGAUUGGAUAAAUGGACUCAAGUACUUCGUUUAUUCAGCUCACGAUGAGACCGUAUACGCAGUGCUAGUAGCUCUUGGCAUCGAACGAUUUGCUAUUAAACCUCACGGAUAUCCACUUUAUUCCGCUGCCGUAUCGGUUGAAUAUUGGAGAAAUACUACUGAUAACGCUGACUAUUUUAAGCUGGUUUACCACAAACAAUCUGGAGAUGACUUUACUGUGAUGACGAAGGAGAUUACUGGAUGUGGAGGAGAUUACUGUUCAAUGAAUGUGUUGAAUCAAAUUGCAAACAAUUUAAAACCAGAUCAACCUAUUGAUCAAUGGUGUCUCGUUACCGGAUCCUCGAACUCUUCUUCACUUUUAUUUUUGAUUAUAUUCACUUUCAUUUCAAAAUAUAUUUUAUUCUAGAACACUAUAUGAUAUUCAUAAAUAUUUAUUGAUGUAUGAUAAAUAAAAUACACUUUUUUCGCUUU